AUGGAAUAUCAUCAACCAGUGAACUGUCUUCAACCAGGCUACGUCGCGUUUAUCGAGAAUCUCCUGCCUCCCUGCCCUUGCCGUUGCGGCUUGCACGAGUCGUGCCCGGCGGCCAGAACAGAUUCCGCUCCCCCUUCCGCCGUAGUCGCGCGCGCAUCCUCUGCGCUGCCCUCUAAGCCUCUCAUGAGGCAACUUUCGCGGCAGGCUGGGGAGGCGGAACCCGCGCCGAUCCCCUCCCAUCGCCCGUCCGCACCGCUCUUGGCUGCGAUACCGCGAACAGCUAGCUUCGAUACUGGGUCCGCCAUGGCGGCGGCCGGCCGCAGCGCGCCGAGCGGUCGCGCCGCUUCUGGCGCGGGCGGCGCAGCGCGACGAGUGGAUCUAAUGGCGCUGUUGGAAUCGUGGGAGAAGGAGCUCGGAACGUCGUCGGAUGAGGAGUCCGUCGAGGGGGACAGGGUUCCUCGGUACGGCGCGGGGAGGCCGCGCGAAGAAGGACAUUCGGCGAAUAGGAUUACCAGAUUCUCCUCGUUCAACGGUUCUUCCUACAACACGAGGAAAUUUGCGGAAGGAUCGGCGGAGGGCGCCCCGGAGGGCUCGGCGGAGCGGAAAGAGGGUAUCAUGGCGCAAGGGACCGUGGCGGGAGCGGCAGCGGGGGCGGCAGCGGGGGCGGUGGCGACGGGGGCGACGACGACGUGGAAUCAUAGCAGGGUGGGGAGAAUCACCAAAUGGCGGAAUGCUGCAGAUGCCGCUCCGGGGAAUCCGGCGGACGGCGGACUGUCGGGAUCCUUCCGCGCGCGCGAGUUUCGGCGGCAGGCGUCAUUUGUAGAGCCCUCGCGCGCCGCCGCGAAGGCGCAGCCGUUCGGCGCGCCUAGUAACGGGUCACCGGAGCAUGCCUUUGUCGCGUACAUGGCUCAGCAGCGAUCCAGCCUGGAAAACCUCGAAGACGCCGCGUCGUUUUUCUGCGGCGCCGCGCACCAGGCCCGCUCCGACGAUGACACAGCGGUAGCGAAUAUCGAGCUUGCUUUUCCAUCUGCGGAUAAAAUCUCCUCCGGUGGGAUCGCAGGCCGAAAUGCCAUCCAGACUUUUUCUGACAAGACGGGAGCGUUGGGAAGUUUCGCGGAUGCAGCUCUGCCCGUAGAUCCGCCGGAGGAGGUAAGCCGCGCGUUGGCGGUGCUGUCGCAAUGGCGCGCUAAGGCGCAGAGCGGACGCGGCGAGAACGUGAGACAGCAAGUCGGAGGCAAUGCCAAAUCUCCUCCGUCCGCCGGUCCAUCGGAUAAGGUUGCUUCCGCAGGGUCCGCGGCUUCCGCUGCGUUCUCAUCAGUGUUCCCUCUCUCGUCCGCCGCUUCGCCUCCCGCCAGCCCUUCCGCCCCCCCGCACUCCGCCACCUUCCCCCUUUCCCUCGCGGGGUCCCCCGGCUCCCCCUCUUCCGACUCUUCCCCCACCCGCACUUCAUCCACGUCGUCUUCCGCCGUCCCCAUUGCGGCGCCUGUUACAGAUGCCAAGUCAGCAGCCGCUACCGCGCUCGCCAUCAUGCCAAUCAUGGCCAGGCACGCGCACGCGCGGGGGCUGGUCGGCGGACAAGCUACGCGCAACGCGCGCGCGGUCGGCGCAGAUUGCGGGAGGCCCGCUGCCGUGGAGUGUUGCGCGGACGCGCUGCCUGGCGCGCGCAGGGCGAACGCGGAGGGGGAAAAGGCCGUUGAUUUCGCCAACCAUAGCGGCGGGAUUCAGGCAGUUAGUAGCCGAAGGGGGGGCUGGGGAAGCGCAGGGGAAUGCGACGAGGGGCAGGCGGGAAGAAUCGGGGGACUUGGGGGUGAGGUCGCAGGCGCGGGCGCAGACGCAGGCGCAGGCGCGGGCGCGGGCGCGGGGAUGGUUCCCCCUCGCAGCCACGUACAGGCGCUGCUGGAGGACGCGCGGAGCCGGCGCGAGGCGUAUCUGCGCAUCCGAAGCCGCAGCGCGUCGCUCUCCGUAUCCCCCUUUACUUUCGCCCCUCAUGCGCUCACUCCCGCGCCCGGCCCUCCCCCCGCUACUGCCACGCCCGUUCCAGCCCCAUCCCGCGUGCAAACGUUUUCCCGCCUAGACAUCCCGUUGUCUCCCCACUGCGUCUCGUCCACCUCCCCCUCCCCCUCGCCUUCCCCCUCCGCGUCCCUUCCCCCGCCGCUCGCUUUGUACGCUGGCACAAACUCCCCCCCGCUCUCCCUCGCGCACAUUCAGCUGCUGUCGCAGAAGCGCGGAAGCGGGGGAGAAGGCGGAGCGGCAGGGGAAGCGGGGGGAGCGGGAGAAGUGGGGGGUGAGGAUGUUGGUCUGGCGCAAUCCCAGAACCACAUUUCCGCCGCGGCUUGCGCCGCGGCCGCCUUUACCGGCGCAACAGGCGGAGGGUUGGGCGCUGCAGGCGGAACUUUGGUCGCAACAGGCGGAGAGCUGGGCGCGGAAGGCGGAAAUCUGGGCGCAACAGGCGGAGCGGAGGCGGUGCAGGCGUGGCGGCACGGGGAAGGGCAGGCGCAGAGGCGCAGCGGCAUGCCGCCCCUGUCCCCGCGGUCGUCCGCACCAUUGGGGGUCACGGUCUUUGGCGCGCGGGGAAGGCCCGCACAGAAGCCAGACGCUGCGCGCAAUCUCUUAGUCUCGCUCUCCCCCUCCGCCUCCUCCCCCUCGCCUGCUUCCCCCUCCGCCUCCCCCUCCCCCCGCGCACUCCUCCCCGGUGCGGUGAAGCAGAGCUUUUCCAGCCCGCUGCCGCUCUUGCACCCGCCGUAUGAGGCGUCUAGCAAUGCGCCCCUGUCGCACCCGCCACCCGCUCCUGUCUCGCCUCCACCGCUCUCACCUGGCCCCUCUCCUCCCCAUUCCUCCUUCUCCGCCCCUCUUUCCUCCUCCCCCUUCUCCGGCCCUCUCACCUCCUCCCCAUUCUCCGGACCUCUCUCCUCCUCAUUCUCCAGCCCCCUCUCCUCCUCGCUCCCUUCCGCCUCGCCCCUCACGCGCGGCCUCUCCAAAACCUCUCUCAAGCGCGCCCCCUCCCCCACAGCCGUCCACGAGUCACCCCAGUCAACGCAGAGGGCGCCGUCCCCUCGAGUGGGCUUCGAGUGCGGUCAGCAGGCGCCGUCCCCCCGCGCGCGGGGCAGUGGCGGCACAGCCACAGUCGCAGGCGCAGGCGCAGGCGCAGGCACAGCUGCAGCUGCAGGCACAGAAAGCGUUUCGCCUGGCGUUACAUUGGAUGGCGAUGCUGCUGCUGCUGCCAGCAGCAGCGCUGGCGGUGUUGCCAGCUGUCGCUUUCCGUCGAGCCGUUCCGUGGAUGCAGGCAAGCCAGGUGCUGCUGCUGCUGGGGGGGGCUCGCGCGGGCGCAGGCUGAUGAAGGGCGGCAGCGCGCAGGAGCGCGGGCUGGCGCGCAUAGGCGAGCGAGACGAGCCGUGGGGUGCUGUGCCUUCCUCCGUGUCCGCUUCAGGAGUCGUUUCUGUUUCAGCAUUAGCGGCAGACGCAGCAGCUGCAGGUGCAGCAGGUGCAGGGGUUGCAAGGGGUGCAGCAGGGUUGGGAGGGAUGGCAGAGGGAGCAGCAGGGAGCAGGGAGUAUGUGAAUUGGAAAGUGCAGAUCCCACAUUCCUGGAAAGCCCCUCCGACCAUUAUCGUGCCCUCUCCCUCCUCCUCAUCCCCCUCCAUCUCCUCCCUCUCCUCUAUCCCCUCCCUUUCCUCCUUUCCCUCCUCCUCUUCCAUCCCCUCCUCCUCCUCUAUUCCCUCCUCCUCCUCCUCCUCCUCCUCUUCUCUCGCCUUUGCGUUGCCUGCCCCCACAAGUCAAUCUCCAAUGCUGCCUUCUGCUACUGCUGUUGAGGCUGCUGCGUCUCAAAAUUCAUCCCCAGUGCUGCCCUCACCUGCGGCACCUGAUGAAACACCUGAGGGGACACCUGAAGCGGCACCUGAAACGGCACCUGAAGCUCGCAGUGUCGCUUCUGAGGCGACUCGCAGCAACUCUUCCUUCCUCCGACGACCAGCCACCCCAUACCUAGCUCCACCUGCCGUUACCGAACCAGCCACACUCACCGAGCCUGCACCAGCAUCUGCUACCGAGCCUGCUGCUGAGGCUCGGGGGAGGGUGGGCGGGUUCAGUGAGCCAAUGAAACGAGUGGUCCGGUUCAGCAAGGAAGGUUCGGUCCCUUGCAACGAGCAGCAUUCCCUCUCAGGCUCUUUUCCUGCUGUCGCUCGCUCUCAGGGGGCGGGUCGCCGCUCCCUCUCCCCGCCCUCUGCCCUCUGCUCCUCUGCUGCGGCCAGUGCAGGGCAGGUGAGCGCAGGGCAGGUGAGUGCUUCCGUGAGGGCUCGUGAUGGUGGCAGUGCGAAGCAUGGUGGCAGUCGGCUAAGUGGUGUGCAGCAGAGGAAGGCCGGUGAGACCAAGGGUGGUGGGAGGAGGGGUGGCGGGGUGAAGGCUGGUGAGAGUUCCUGUGGGGAGGAGGAGUUGCAGCAGCAACAGCAGGAGCAGCAGAAGCAGCAGCAGGAGGAGGAGGAGGAGGAGGAGGAGGAGGAGGAGGAGGAGGAGGAGGAGGAGGAGGAAGAGGAGGAAGAGGAGGAAGAGGAGGAAGAGGAGGAGCCAGGAGUGGAGAGUGCAAGGCGGUAUGUGCUGCGCCGGCCGUAUGCAUACGUGCAUGCGGCCUACAGCAUGGAUGGGGAAGCAGAUGGAGCAGAGGGAGCAGCGGCAGCAGCAGCAGCAGCGGUGGCACCUGGAGCAAGGGCAGUGGGGGUGGAGGAGCGGGCGUGCGUGUGCAGGAGGACGGGGAGGCAGUACUGGUGCCGCACGCUGUGCAAGGCGGCUCUCAGAAGCGCAGCAGCGGUGGAGGCGGUGGGGCGCAAGGUGGCCAUGCUGGAGAUGGUGCGGGGGGCUCCGCAUGUGGUCACCAUGCUGCGAGCAUUUGAGGACACGCAGGCCAUCCACAUGGUAUUGGAGCACUGUCCCGGAAGCAACCUUGCCGAUCGCCUCGCUUCCUGCCGGGCCUUCUCCGAGCCUGACGCCGCAGCUGUGGUUCGGCAGGUGGCGGCAGGUCUGGCGGCGUGCCAUGAGAUGGGGGUGGUGCACCGGGGAGUGAGUGCGGAGGCUGUGCUGCUGAUGGGGCAGGAGGGAUCCCCUGUGGAUGUGCGGUUAUCUGGCUUUCAACAUGCCACCUUCUUUGAACCUGGUCGCCUGCACACGGAGGCAGUGGGAGCACCGGCAUACAGGGCACCGGAGAUGAUCCAGGGGGGGUACGGCCCGCCAGCAGACGUGUGGAGCCUUGGGGUGUUACUGCACCUCCUGCUCUCCUCCCGCCUCCCCUUCCACGCCUCCUCCCCCGCCGCCCUCUCCUCCUCCAUCCUCAACGACCCCGCCUCCCUUCUCUCUGCACCUACCAGUGACUCACAGCCGCAUGGGCAGUCGCUGCCACUGCCCGGAGCUGUGCCGCCCGGUGCACAGCUGCACGGUGCAGGGCUGUCAGGGGAGGGUGUGGUGUCGGCGCCAUCGUCCGCUGCGUCUUCACCUGGUUCUGCGUCCUCUCAGUGCUCUCCCUCUUUCAGUCAGUCCCCGUCUCCUGUCGCCACUUCAGCUGCUGCUGCAGCAGCAGAGGCAGUCACAGGAAGGGUGGAGGGGAAGUAUGGGGAAGGCGAAGGGCAGAGCACAGAUGGGUAUGAGGUAUCAAUGGCAGGGCAAGUGGCUGUGUCAGAGGCAGGAGUGUUGGGUACGGAGUCGGUAUCACCAGCAGUUCCCAAUGCGCCUGGAGCAGGCACCAGUGGGGCAGAUGGGAGUGGGAGUGAUGGGAGUGGUGGUGAUGGAGUCGCCGGGGUGGAGGGUGAGGUGCAGGAGGGUGUGUGGUGGGUGCAGCUGUCGCCUCCAGCGGUGGACCUGCUAAGGCGCAUGCUGGAGAAGGACCCUGGGAGGCGCAUAGAUCUGCAACAGGUGCUGCAGCACCCCUGGAUUCAACGAUUGUGA